ACAAUGAAGUUCCUACUAAAACUUCUCUUAAACAACUUAAUAUUUUCAAUUAGUAUUUGUGUAGAAGACUAUGUGCCGCUUAUAACGAAAGAAUGUCGGGAAAAAGACAGAUUAAUCAGUUCGAAGAAAGAAGAUUUCUAUGCGAUUGUAGACGCUCUGGAAGGGCAGACUCUAUUUCUACGGUGUAGAUUCUGUAAUGCGGAGGUUACUGAUUCCCCUAAAAACUGGUAUAAAGUUGAUCAACUGGGUGUAACAGAACCAUAUGAAGUUAAGAUAGAUAUGGGAAAUGAUAUAAAUCAAAACAGAAUUUCAGUCAACCAUAAACACAGUUUGAUAAUAAAAAAUAUUUCCGCUCAAGACGCAGGAUUUUACUACUGUGUACACUACGAGGAUCAAACAAAUAACGAAAAAUUUAAUUAUCUAGUUGAUAUUGUGGUUAAGGAAAAAGCUGUGGCUGUAGAAACUGGUAAUAUUACAGCUUGGGCUAAAUAUCAAGAAAAUUACUUUUUUUCGAUAAACAAUUUAUUCAAAGAAUCUUCUGGAACAGAAUUUGUCUAUAUCAGAGACCAGCUACAUAUAUCUAUGGAAUUAAUCACUCAAUGGGCGCCGUGGAGCAAGUGCCAAGUUUGUGGUAGACCUCAAGGAAAUGGCAUUAUGAAAAGAAAAGGUAUGUGCAGUUUUAGGAUAAAAUUAGGUGUUAUGUCAGUAUUACCCGGGAAUUUGUCAGCUGGUGAAUUGUACCUGUUCAAAGCGCCAGCAGUGUCGUGUAGGUCGACAAAAUUACAAAGAAUGUUUCCUCAAAUCAGUAACUUAACGAGUGUUAUUCCUGAUUUUGUACAGGACGAUAGAUGUGACGGAAUAUGUAACCCAGAUGCUGAAGGUGUGAAUAAAGGUUGGAAAGUGGGAAAAGGCACCGGCUUCAAAUAUCGCAAGCGCUUAGUUCUGGCCGAGCACUCCCACCUAACUUUCGUGUGUCCGGAAUCCAGCCUGGAUAACAGCGUGGUCUGGAAGAGGAACGGGAUGACGCUGAAACGAGGGGACAACUCGAAUCCACACGUCAUGGUGGAUACUUUUAACAGUUUGUAUCUUGUUGACGUAACGCCCUUUGAUAAAGGGAAUUACAGUUGUUACGUGGAUGAUAUUCGGAUGCAACAAAUUAUCGUGUUUGUGUUUUCGAAAACGAAGCUUUUGACGAAAGAACUCGUGAGAUAUCUUAUUUAUUUAGGUUAUAUAUUGUUUCUGUCGUCGUUUUGUUACUGUGGGGGUUUGAUAGUGACCUGUCAAAGGAGACACUUGUUUAAAACUUACAAAGAAUUGAAGGAGGAGGAAACAACGAAGAGCGAAGAAGAUACUGUUAAUUUGAUAUAAAUUUCUUCGAAAUUUUCGAAAUAUUUAGAAUUUUCAAGUUCAAAAACUGCUUUCGAAAUAAACU